UGAACUUGUAACUUUCCGUUGCAAAACAAGGAAGUAAAUACCAAUAUCAAAGUCCACGUAUCAACAACAAUUAAAACAUUUACAUUUGACACCUGUGAGACAAUUUGAGAAUUACGAUUUGAAGGUAAAACAUGGCAGUCCCAGGAAAGAAAGCAUCAAAACAAUUUUCAACAUCAAUGGCAUCAGAUGAAGAUCUUCAAAUUUACUGUCAGCCUUGUGACGAGGAAGGAACUAGACUCCCUGCCCAUGGUUACUGCACUGACUGCAAGGAGCACCUUUGCAAGACAUGCUUUAAAGCCCAUAAGAUAAACAAGUUUACCAAAAUGCAUACACUUAUGGAUGCAACAAAUAUGCCGAAAGUUUUGCAGCAACCCUCAACAGUCACCCACGCAGGCCUGUCUGAUGCCCUAACCACACCAUGUCUUAAACAUCCAAAAGAAAUGAUCAAGUUCUACUGCAAUGAUCAUACAGAAUUUCUCUGCAGUGUUUGUGUUACCCUUGAACAUCAAGCUACUUCCUGCAAAGUCAACUAUAUACCAGACAUUUCUGGUGAUAUAAUAGAUAGCAAAGAAUAUCAAGUUAUCUUGAAUGCAGUUAAAACCACUUCUGACAAAUUUCAACAGAUAUUAUUAGAUAUCAAGAACAUGACACACAAAUCAAACAGCUCUCUCAAAGAUGCAUUAGUUGACAUUAAAAAGUUUCGGGAAGAAAUCAACCAAAGACUAGAUGAACUUGAGAGGCAGAUUGAAGAUGCAGUUAAAGUCAUAGAACAAGAAAAUAACAAACAUCUGAAAUCAGUAGAAACAACAUGUGAAGAAGUUACCAAAUCUUUGAAUAUAUCAUCAGACAAAAUCAAGCAACUCAACACAACAAAACAAGCUGACAAACUCUUCAUCGAUUUAAAACUUGCAGAGAAAACAAUCAAAAAUAUGGAUGGAAAGCUACUAAAACUCUCAUCAAAUGAUAUCAAAGAGCACAACUUUCAAUCAAAUGAUGUAAUAUUAAAUUUGUUUAGAACAGAGAAAUCACUGGGUACAUUGACACACAAAACCUUAAAUAAGGAAUGUCAACCUGGACAAAUAAAGUCUAGACAAUCUUCACAUGAGGGAAAAAUCUGUGUGAAGACAUCAAAAGAUGAAUCAAGAUGCUAUAUAACAGGUAUGACUCUGCUGACUCCUGAUCUUCUUAUCAUCACUGACGGCAAUAACAAUGCUGUUAAGAUGGUGGAUACAAGCAGUCAAUCUGUGUCUGAUCAACUACAACUAGAUGACAGACCAUGGGAUAUCACCAGAGUAACCAGUACUGAACUUGCUGUCACACUUCCUAAAAUACAGACAAUCCAGUUUAUAUCAAUCUCAUCAAACAAACUCAUAAAGAGGCACACUGUGAAGGUUGGUGGACAAUGUGAUGGUAUAAGCUGUUACCAAGGUAAACUUCUCGUGUCAUUCAUUUAUCCUGCAAAACUUCAGAUCCUUGAUAUGAAUGGCACUAUACUGACAACAAUUGAUGAAAAAAUUUUUUUUUGCAAAUGGCCACACUUUAUCACAUGUAACAGAAGUUCCAUCUAUGUAUCUGACAGGGGUAAAAAACAGUAACAAGAUUAACCUGGCAAGGUGAUGUGAUUGGUAGUUAUAGUGGAAUGAGUUCCCCUAGAGGAAUGUCACUAUCAGAUGAUGGUACUGUCUUUGUGUGUGACCGGGAGAAAAAUGUUAUAGAAGAGAUAUCAGGAGAUUGUUGUACAGGAAAGGUGGUGCUGCAGGAUCUGAAGGGACCAAUGGCUUUAUGUUGGUGUGGUGAAACAAAGAAGCUAUAUUACAGCUGCAAUACUGGGAAUGAAAAAUUUAACAACUUCCUUCACAUCUAUAACCUGUCAUAGUCUUAGACUUGAACAUAAACUUAGUUGAAUUACAUCUAACAAUGUCAGCAGUUCUUAAAUAGUAAAAAACACUUGCAUUAUCCAUUCUUCUGUAAAUUUAGCAAGACACAUGUUUUACUUUUUCUUACUGUUUUAAAUCUUAUGUUCGUGAGAAUGAUUUAAGAUAUCCUUUGUUGUAUUCUUCCAAAUGGUUUGGUGAGAAACAAGGAAACUAUAAUACCAGUUUUGCUGGGAAUACAUGGAAUAACAAGAGCACCUCAAGCAUUAUUAACUCGUGUUCAAGGCAACAGCUAUCAAUAACCAAGGGACAUAAUUCCUAAAAAAUUUGAUUUCAGGAUAAUGUCCCUGGUUAUACAACUGUGAAUUGUCAUGAUAAUCAAGUGUACAUUUUAGUUACAUGUUGACACUGUUCACAGUUUUUAAAACAUUCUAACUUAAUAAGCAAUUGUGACAAAAGUAAAAAAGGGGAAUAACUCCCAAAAUAUUGCUUUCAGAAUAAAAAGCCCUUCUUAUUAUGCCCAGUCUAUCAACUAUGCCUUAACAGCAAUCAUAAUAGCUCGAAUUGUCUUCAAAAUAGUUAAGCUAAAAAUGUCAACUUUGUUUACAUUGAUAAAUUGAUUGUCCUACGUUAUAUGAAUAAAAACAUUUUAUGCUCUAUUUUACCUUACAAUAUGAUAAAACUGGUGAGUUUUCUUUUGUAAUCAUUAAAUGCAUGGUUUAUAUUUUAUGCUACAAUGCUUGUCCUGUUACUUUAAUUUAUUUGUUAAACGCUUAUAUUUAAACAGAUUACAUCAAUAAAAGUCAGUAACAAAUGCUUGUUGUUA